AUGGUUUCAAAAGUUGAAGAAGAUGGUGAUGUGGUGGAAGUGAAAACCGAGAACACAGUUAAUGUCAGCGAUGAAGAUGAUGAAAUAUGUGAAGUGGAACAUUUGAGAAAACUUUUCAUUGGUGGUCUUGCGGCAGAGACAACAGACGAGAAUCUACGCAAAUUCUAUUGUAAAUGGGGUAAAGUUGUGGAUUCGGUUGUUAUGCGGGACCCGGUAACCAAGCGUAGCCGGGGUUUUGGAUUUGUAACAUUUACGAAAAUCGCCAUGGUUGAUAAGGCUCAGGCCAGCAGGCCACAUAUUAUUGACGGCAAAAAAGUAGAAUCUAAACGGGCAUUACCCAGAACGGAACAAUCUACCAAGGAUACUACUAAGAAAAAUCAUUCGGUAAAGAAAUUGUUUAUUGGUGGUCUUAAGGAUGAUCAUGAUGAGAAAUGUCUGAAGGACUACUUCUCUCAGUAUGGCAAUGUUGUAUCCGUGGAGUUUCUUAUUGACAAUACCACAGGCAAACGUCGAGGUUUUGCUUUGGUAGAAUAUGAUGAUUAUGAUGCUGUUGACAAGGCCAUAUUGCAAACUACCCAUGUGGUCAAAAAUAUUUUGAUUGAUGUCAAAAAAUCGGUCUACACAAAAGAUGAACCCAAGAAAAAGCUGGGCGAAAAAGAAAACAGCCGUACUGCGGACAAACCAUUGGGUAGUAGACCAGAUGUUAAAAAUGGUAUUGGUUACAGCAACAACAACACUAAUAAUAGUGUAAGACCACCGGUGCCACCAAAUCAAUAUCCUCCACCUAGAGGAUAUCCUCCAAUGAAUAGACCACCGUUACCUACACAACCACCAGCACAAUAUCAACAAAUGCCGCCUUACCAACAAGUUCCUCCACCAAGUUACAAUCAGUGGGGUCCACCACCACAGCAUCCACCAGUUGGGCAGCAUGCCCCGCCGCCACCAUUGCCGCCAAAUAAUGCAUAUGGUCCUCCCACAGGACCACCACCAAUGCCACACCAUCCCCAGCAGUACCCUCAACAAAUGCCACCUCAAAACUAUGGCAACUAUCCCCAAAAUCCUGUACCGCCACCGGUGCCGCCAAUGGCAGCUCAACCACCAAAUUGGAAUAAUUAUCCUCCACCAACUGCUGCUGGAGGAGGUGGUGGUGGUAAUAAUUGGAAUAAUUGUCCGCCACCACAAGCACCUUUGCCAAAUGGACCACCACCACCAACAACGCCUAAUUGGCAAAAUAAUCAAUGGUCAAGCAAUCAACAGCCACCAGUUGCAUCCGCUCCUACUCCAAGACCACCGGUUGGUCCACCACCAACAAAUUGGCAACAACCUCCACCAAUGCAUAAUUCUUGCCCUCCACCAUUACCACCACAUCAGCAGCAGCAGCCGCAGUCACAAGCCAAUAUAUAUCCACAACAGCAAGCGCCUCCGCCACCAGCAGCGGCCAAUAACUUUGGUAGUGGUUAUCAACAAAGCUAUGGCGGUGGACCAACAAAACAUCAGAAUAUGUAUUCAAAUCGCAUGAAUCCCUAUAAUGUACAACAUAAUAAUCAAUACAAUAAUCCUCCUGCCCAAGGUUAUCCCCAAAAUGCUAUGCCCAAUGGCAGUAAAUACCGUCGUUAG